CCUCGGAUUAUUCUCACUCUUCAGUCGUCUCUUCUGGACUUCUGUCUCUCUAGUUUCAAGCUCUUCUGCUUCUGAUUCUGAUGUCAAUGGAGUCUUCAUCGACUGUUCUUUCGUCGUCAUUAGCGGUCUUAUUCCUUCUCUUCAGCUUUACACAAGCCAGAGAAUUCAUGGUUGGAGGCAACGCUAAUUCAUGGAAGAUACCAUCCAGUGGAAAUGGAUCUUUAAACCAAUGGGCAGAAGCAAAUCGUUUCCGAAUCGGCGACUCUCUUGUUUGGAACUACGACUCCCAGAAGGACUCGGUGCUGCAAGUGACCAAAGACGCUUACGAGCACUGCAACACGUCGGACCCGAUCGCUGCAUUUAAGGACGGAAGCACCAAGGUUGCGCUCCAUCGGUCGGGGCCGUUCUACUUCAUAAGCGGAGCUGAAGGACACUGCCAGAAGGGACAGAAGUUGAUCGUCGUGGUGCUGUCGCCAAGAAAUGGGGCCAUUGUGUUUGCUCCGGCUCCGGCUCCGGUGGCACUUGAGGGUCCGGCGGUGGCCCCCACUAGCGGUGGACAUAGUUUGAGGAAUGGUUUCGUGGGUGCUUUUGCAGUGUUGGGGUGUUUGUUUGCGAUCGUUUUGCUCUGAGCAACAAAAGUUGAAAAUGUAUUAACAAUUCUGUGUGUUUCUGUGGACGAUCUCUCUGUGACUGAGAAAUCAUCAUUGAUACAACGAAAUGAAGGAUUCAAAUCUACU